UGCAUUUUUCCUAGGCCUAUCUCCAAGAUGAAACUUUAUCUCAGGUAAAAGGCGCUUUUAGUCUUCAGCUAUUAUAGAAAUGACACUGGAAUCAGAACAGCCACUCUUAUCCGGCCACACUGAUAGUUCAUCUGCAGAGGAGGAGGCAGACGCCAUAGACAAGAGCAGACCAGUAACAUGCUGCCAUCCUAACCACUGGCCAUACUUGACUACCCUCCUUCUCCUUAUCUGCUACGUCCAGGCAUUGUGCAAUUAUUGCAAUGACAGUCCGGGAGGAUUAGAGGACACUAUCAUCAAAGUAAUGGGCAUUGAUACCACACAAUAUAACCUCCUCUUUCUUGUGACCACAUGGCCUAGUAUAUUUGUAUCAGUAAUAGGAGGAGUGAUAGCUGAUAGGAUACUAGGACCGAGAUCAAGCUCUAUAAUAAUAUUAUUUAUUGUACUCGUGGGUCAGCUCGUUUGGUCUGCUGGAAGUUUUUUGAAUUAUUUUUGGGUCGUGUUGAUUGGUCGGUUCAUUAUAGGGAUGGGAGCCACUCUAUUUCCUUCUAUUUGCAUUAUGUACUUUGUCAGUUGGAUGGGUAAGAAAUACCUAACACUAGCUGUGGCAAUUUGUGGUACUGCAGCUCGACUUGGACCUGCUGUAGCUCUGGCUCUGCCUCAAUUCAUUUAUCAGCAAUUAUAUUAUUUUACUGAUCCGUUGUAUCGCCUUGGUGCUACAGUGCUAGUAGGUGCAGGGCUUGUAUUAAUAGGACUAAUGGCAACCAUAAUUGUAGUAUUCAUGGACAAGUACAGAGAAAAAGUACUGCAGAAAAAGAAAAUGGAGAUGAGCAAAAUCGAAUGUAGCGAUUUGAAGCAAUUUGAUGGAUUAUUCUGGCUAGCCUCGAGUAUUACGCUCUACUAUUCAAUCGUAUUUUCAUUCACUGGUAUUGGACAAGUUUUCUACGUACAGAAGUAUGGUUUAUCACUAGAGGAAGGAAGCAUUACAAAUUCAUUUGUAUUUGGUGCUACAAUACUAGCUACUCCAGUACUUGGAUAUAUUGUGAAUGGAAUUGGAUACCACAUGCUUUGGACUAUGGUAGGACUAACCGCUGGACUAUUAGUACAUGUAGUACUACUAGUUAGUAUUCCAGGGCUUCACUACAUGCCUUAUGUCACUGGUAUGUUAUAUUCGGUGUCUUAUACGAUAGUUGCAGCUGCUUAUGGGGUUGUUCCUGGGCUCAUUGUGGAAGAGAAUCAGAUAGCGACCGCAUAUGGUAUAAUUAAUAGCUUCCUUAGUCUCUUCUGGGGUCUACUGUCGAUAGUCUCAGGCUUCAUCAUUGAUAACAACGGUUACUUCAUGUUAGAGAUUAUGAACACAUCGUUGUUGUUUCUAAUUCUAAUGAUAUCAGUGUUAGUGUUAAUGAUUGAUCUCGUAUCAGUGAGACCAGUCGUAAAUGCACCCGGUACAUGGAAAAGAGAAGUACAAUGAGACACUAAAUGUAAUAAUGAUGAAAUGAAUAAAUUAUUUUUUAAAUUAUUGAUAAACUUAUUGAGUUAUACUAUUGUCAAGCAGCCAAAAA